GUGGCAAGACUCUACGGCGAACAGCACUAUUGGUUGAUUUUGGGUAAUAACUAUAGUGAGAGCAUAAGCAUGUUGAACGAUACCGAGUACGGUAUAUCAACUGAUCUGGUAGUAGCUGUUGCUGAAGGCGCGAAUUUUUCUUUGUACGACGCUUUCAAUCUCUGUAAAUAUCGAGGUGGAAAACUUAACAUAACGCAACUUGGGACUUGGAAUAACGUAACUGGAUUUAACAUAACUCUAACCCAGUCUAAAUUCAGGAGGAGGGCCAAUUUUCAUGGGAUGAAUUUACGUAUGGCAGGGCUUGUGACAAGUAGACCGAAAGAUGUACCGUUAGAAAAAUAUCUUCAGGAUUAUAGUACAAAGCAGAAUGACAGUAUGCCAAAAUUUACAUACGCAGUAUGGUUACAUCUAUCUGAUUAUUAUAAUUUUACUAUCCAAGCCAAGGAACUGACGGUUUGGAAAGCUACGAACAGAAAUGGACCUAUGAUUAAGAUGCUUCUGGAAAGAACAGCAGAAUUGGGUGGAAGUACUGGUAUACUAACUCCCGAGAGAUUGUCGAUGAUCGCACCUAUUCCAGCAUGGCCACUUCGAACGUGUUUCAUGUUUCGUACAACUCAGGCCAAGCACAUCAAAGUCAAUCAUUUUCUGAGACCUUUAGCUAGUGCCACUUGGUAUUUGAUAGUAGUGCUCAUCGCAACGGCGGUUCUCGUGUUCGCCUGGGUGCUGGUAGCCGAGCACAUUAGUGACAAAUUCGAAAGGUACUCAGCUGCAUUUCUGUUCACCAUUGGAAGUGUAUGUCAACAAGGCUCAGAUCUUCAAAUCACUCAUAUUUCCUGCCGUAUCGCUUUCCUUCAAACUAUGCUGUUCAGUCUGCUCAUAUACAACUAUUACUCAGCCAGUGUAGUGUCAGCACGUCUAAGCGAACCCUUAGAGAAGAUCAACGACUCUUUGAACGAAUUGGCGAAAACCAGUCUGAAGUUCGGGGCUGAGCCGAGUCUCUAUUUCAACUUUUUCAUAAAGAGGUCCGACUGGGAGGCACAGCAGUUCUACUAUAAGCGAUGGAUCAAAGUACCCGAGAACGAACAAUUCAUGUCACCCGCGAUAGGCAUAAGGCGCAUUCUCCAAGGUGACUUUGCCUACCACACAGACGUCAACGUCGCCUACCCGAUGAUCGAGAAACUUUUCGACAAUCAGCAGAUCUGCCAGUUGACAUCGGUAUACCUGAUUCGACCAACCGAUUCGUCGAUAUUCGUGGCAUCCAACAGUUCCUUCGUGGAAUUGAUCAAAGUCGGAGUUGCCAAAAUCCGAGAAACCGGUCUUCGAGCCAGAUUGGUGAAGCGGUGGGCCGCAAAAACACCGGAAUGUCGAACCGAUAUCCUGGUAAUAGAUCCCAUUAAUAUAUACGAGGCAGCUCCGGCUUUCUUGCUGCUGGUUUUCGGCAUGGUCUUGGGCAUAACGAUCUGCAGCAUCGAGAGGAUACUCUUCUGCAAGAAGCAUCACGAUCACGGGAUCAAGAGAAAACUGAGAAACUUAUUCACCAAGCUUAAAUUCAAAAGGAAGAUAAAGUCCCAUAAAGUUUUUGCACUUUCAAUUAGACGACGCUCGCGCAAUGUCCCCUUACAGUCGCUAAAUCAGGGAGUAUACACGCAUGCAGCCAGCCACUCCGGGACUGGUAUAUGAAAUUAUUAAUGCGUCGCGCAGGGCUGCAAGAAAAUCACGCCAUCGAAAACAACGACUCCGCUAAAUUUCACGAGAGCUAGAGAGGUAGAGCUUACGCAGCCCGUAUUUCGAGCUUUCGCGUAAUGAGGCAAGGAAUUUAUCGCUCCCCGAGUCAAGUAUCUGUCUUUGUUAUACUCUAUACCUCCAGCUCCGAGGAAUAUAGACUCCAACAUCUGCGCGCCACACUCCUUCUGUAUAUAUCGACAUAAUCAGAUGAGGAGCUUUAUGGCGUCGCGAGACAAAGUUAUGCCGUCGUUACUCGUUUUAAUAAAAAGUUUCCGAAAAUUUUCCAUCCCGCACGCAUACCGCUGACAACUGCGAGGAACAACAAUAGGGCUCUCGUUGCCGAGACAAGCUCACUCGAGAACGCGUAUAGUAUACAGAGGAGAGGGACAAGGGAACGUUUACUCGGAUAAGAAGAAAUCGAGCAUCGACUCACCGAUCGAUAAGUUGGCGAACUACAGACGAGAGCUCGGAGUCUUCUUCCUGCCGGCGCGCGAUAACUUCAACGCGUCUCUCCUCCACUAAGGCUGGCAGUGCAGCGCACUUUGCGAGAAAGAUUUUCCAUUUUCCUCGGAUAUCUGCGUCCGUUUUCUCUGACGUACCUCUGAAAUCGGAAUUGUCUAUCUCUACCCUCUCACCGUGAGUGGCAAUAAAUAUUUGAAUUCCACCGUUGAGGUGUCCCUCGGACUGUUGACCAUCGUCUCCUCGUCGCUCUCCGUUAGCCCCGCUAUAGAUCCGACACAGCGGAUGUUUGUUACGGGUCUCGGCUUCGCUAACGGCGGUUCGCUCCUCUCCGCUUGCGAAAGAUAACGAGGAAGUCUCUCCCUGCGCAGCGAAAUGCGCAUCGCCGAAAACAGAGAGCGAAGCUCCGUGGCACGUAGCUCGUGUUAAAUCACGAAUAUUUGCAUAUCUAGCGGAGGCCAGGGAUCUGCCGAGCCGUUGUACAGCGUUUAAAUGCGCGAGUGUACUCUAUCUCUCUCGCGGAGGCUGAGACGAGAUAAGCGAGAAACGGAGUGUAUGUACAGAGGAAGCAAAAAGAUAACGAGUGCGAUGCGCCGGGAUAUUUUAUCAAUGCGGUAUCAAUGUUUGCGAAGCGGUGUUGCUCGUUAAACGCGAGCGUCUUACUCUCGAAUCGUUGUUGAUCUGAAGCGGUAGGUAUAUAUACCUGGUAUAACGAACCGACGAAGGGCGUAUAGGUAUAUUCAAAUGUAGGGCUCGGGUGAUUGACGACGUGCUCGAAAUUAAUAAGUCCCCAGUCGCAGCGGGGACGAUGCUAAAUAUCGAUCGUUUGUGUUCUCUGCCUCAUUAAGGAAGGGAGACGUGAGGUAUUGAUGAAGCAAAUAAGGGCACUGUGUGCGAGAGAGAUGCCGGGCAGCGCUUCGGAAUGGCAUUUUAUUUAUUUUGGAAGCCGCAAUCAGGAGUUAAAUAUUGAUGAUGAAGUUCGAAGGAGAAUCCGCUUGAAUUUCCUUUUGGAAGCUUUUGAAGGGCUCUUCGCCAAAUAACUUAUUCAUCAUUCAGAGGUUCCCCCCUUUCAAUCUCAUUUCGAGCUCGGCAAAGCUAACGCUUUUUCACGGUAUUUAGUGCCUUUAUCAUUUGAAAUAGAAUUUCAGAGAAAUUCGUAGACCAUUAACCGCACAAAUAUAGCCUCUGACACGAACAAAAGUCCUAAUAUAGGCGCACUUGGAAACUGGCGCCAUACACCAUCCCAUCAAACUUCUGCAGGUAAAUGCUCGACGACUCGCCCCUUCAACAUCCCAAAUAUGUCCUCUCGGACUCCACCAUAUAGGAGCUUCCAUUUAAAACGGCCUAUCGAGUUUCCGCGCUGAAAAGUGCGCGGCACUGCAGUCGCGUUAUUAUUGCUGCCAUUCGUUCCAGACGACCAAAAUUUCAAGAGCCUCUUCUGAAAAUUAUUGCGCGAGAUAUAUUUUCAAAGCGCUUCAAACUUUCGUCGUAUUUCGAUGAUUUCGCUCGUACAGCCUCACGUCGUGUUAUAAUUGCGUCGUUAUUAACAAUAUAAACUAUUCGAACACACGAAGCAUCGAAAACAAAAUGUCGAGCAGAGAAGUAUAGAAGCUUGCCUAGAUCACUGCGCGCGAUCAACGGACUCUCCCCUUGAUUAUCCCCGACUUCGAAUGUUUACGCGUUCAGUCGUACGUGUCCCGAAGCUCGCACGUACAGAGAGUCUCCGUCUCUCGAGUAAGAUAACUGCACAGCAGCGGCAGCGAGCCGAGAAGGCUCGAUUUAUACCGGGCAAUCGAUUCUCCGGAAAUCGUCGUAUAAGGAUUAGGCGCAACGCAAGAGAGAGAGAGAGAGAGAGAGAGAGAGAGCUGCUGUAGCAGCCCUUUAUGCAUAACGCGGCUCGUUUGCUGCUGCCUCUGCUGCUCUCGCUCUAUAUACCCUAUA